UUGAUGUCUGUCCACGAUGGAUACCAGCACGUGUUCGUUCGUUAGCCAAAGUGCUGCGCAAUCCAGUGCACAAAGAAAGUUUUAUCAGUGGGUGCUACGUUGGAUAAACGGAGUACCACCGUCGGACACCGAAUCGUACGGUAAUACGAGGCUCGAUUUACCUAUUUUGGCCGGUUUCCUUCAAGGGAUCGGCUUCAAGCUUCUUUUGAUGGACAAAACCAACGACUCUGAAAGAAAAAAUGGGGAAAAUAAUUUAACUUGUCAGCCUGGCAUCCUGAAAGUUGCCAUCGAGUGCGGCUCCUCCAAGAUGAAAGCUGUUUUGGAAUUGGAUAACGUCACAUGCCGAUGUCCCCAUUCUGAUCACGUCAAUGACGCGUCCUUUUGGAGCGUCAGUGGCACUGGACCCUCGGGAAGUACUGACAAUAUCGCACGGAAAGUGGUGGAAACCGGCAGCAAUCUGUUGCCCCGUCUGCCAAAAGACGUGACGCAAAUCUUGCGAGACGUGUCGCAGAGAUUGUUCGACACGAUUUCCUACGAACCAGACGUGAACCGUAAUACGGAAGUAAGUUUGAACAUUCCUUGUUCGAACAACAUAUCUCUCGAAACGACAGUUUCGAACGGCAAUUUGCGAGAAGAGAUCGGCGUUUCGCGCAGUAACACAGCUCCGGAAAUCUACUUAUACGGAUCAAAUGGACCUCCUAAAAACAGUGUAGAUCAAAAUGCGUCUCCGCCUCUGUCGAAGCCCGUUUUGCAACGUCAAAGAACAUGGGACAUCGAAACCGAAAAUGUGGAAGAGCCGCGGUCAUCGUUGCCAACAAUUAUCACGAGUUCUCCAACCGUGCCGCACGAUUUGUCCCAAUCUUUGGGCCAGCUUUCCCUGCCCGGAGAAGAAGAUUCGAAGAACCUGACUGAAUAUAUCAUCGGAGCUAAAGCCGAGUUAGACAAGGCUCUCAAGAUGCUGGCCAGGAAGUCGUUUGUCUUGAAUGACGCCUCUCUUAAUCAAGAUGACACCUCAUCCGUGAAAUCGGCACCAGCAAAAAUUUCACAGGUUCCGAGCAUUACUCCACUGAAGAAGGCGCGAAUGAGCGCGGUCAGCAGUGUGAAGCCAUUGUCAAGUUUGAGUCGUUUUACGAAAGAGACGCAGGCAUUAGUGAGACCGGCUCCGAGGAACGUAUUGCUAACACCAAGGUCACCGCGGACACAGAGAAUCAGCGAUCCGAUUCCUCCUUCGGCGACGAAAAGAAGUAUCCAAAUGGAACAGGAAAAUGCAAAGUCGCAAUACCGUCGUCGUAGCUUCUAUCUUCCGUCGUCGCAUAUAGGGCUGUCUUUGCCGUCAAAACCCAUCGACAUCGGACAGAAGUACAAUACGAAUAAACUUACUCUUGCGGCUGAACCGAACUCGUUAAAUAGGCCCCGUACGAUACCAAAAAGUCCGUCGAAAACUCGGAUCGCUACACCGAAAAAGUUUGGAGCGUUAAGUACACCGACUGGACGGACAUCGAUGCUGAAGCAACCCACGAAAGUUUUACAGGCGACGAAAUCUGUCAUUGCAAAGCCGGUUACAUUACCUGAGAAUUUAAAACGCAGCAAUGCAAAAGAAUGAGCCAGUUUUUAUUUAUAUUAUCAGCGUGAAUUUUAAUUUGUAUCAUAUUGGAUAUGGGCUAGAAGUUAAUUAGAAGCGAUUUCAAGAACGUAAUUUUUUAUUUAAACGAUUUUUAAUGAAGAGUUGCCCAAACGAUCAAGUGCCAGAUUAUUUGAACAUUUAAGUCGAUGUAUUGGUAACGAGAGUGAAGAUGUAAUGCGUAUUAUUCAAGUUUUGUUUGAACGACUUUUAAAUAUUUGAGAAACGAAUUUUAUCAGCAGUGGUAAAGUAGAUAUUUUACUUAGAAUAGCGAGGUCGUGUCAUCUGUAUUAGAACUCUUGUAUUAUUUGAUACCGCUAAACUGUUCAUCAGAAGAGGGCGCUGACUUCGAACACUAAAUUUCAUAAGGUGGCAUGUCUCCUAUAUCUAAUCUAUGUCGUAAAAAUUCAAAUCAGUGAUCAAGAAUUCUAAAGAAUAAUCGCCAGAGGUAAAAUAGUCAGCAUUCGUUAGAACCAAUAUAAUAACUGUGAUCAUAGACUGAAUGAGAAAUAUAGAACUUGCGUAAUUCGAUUGAUUUUCGCUGAAAAUGACGAUAUCUCCAGGGACCGUAGUGUAUAUGAGUUUCAUUUUUAAAGUUGCGCACAAUAUAAUGUAUUAAUUUACUGUUGUAGAUAUUUAUUUUCUGCAACAAGAACAAUUUUAUUUAACAAAUAAGUAAGAUUAUAAGAAAGUGUAAACAUCGAUUUUAAUUCCUGCCCCAUAAGGCUUUUCAUUGCAAUCAUCUUAAAGCUAUUUCUAACAUUUCA